UGGGGGGAGGGAUCGAAAAAUGGGGGAUGCUGCAGACGUCAAGGAAAUGAGAAAGACGUUCAUUGUCCCUGCCAUCAAGCCCUUUGAUCAUUACGAUUUCGGCAGAGCGAAAAUCGCCUGUAAUCUAGCCUGGCUGGUGGCCAAAGCCUUUGGGACCGAAAAUGUACCAGAGGAACUGCGAGAGCCUUUUUAUACGGAUCAGUAUGACCAGGAACAUAUUAAACCUCCUGUUGUUAAUUUGCUGCUAUCAGCUGAACUUUACUGUCGUGCUGGGAGUCUUAUUCUCAAGAGUGAUGCUGCCAAACCACUCCUGGGUCAUGAUGCUGUUAUCCAGGCCUUGGCACAGAAAGGCUUGUAUGUCACUGACCAAGAGAAAUUGGUAACAGAAAGAGACUUGCACAAGAAACCCAUUCAGAUGAGUGCCCAUUUGGCCAUGAUUGACACCCUGAUGAUGGCUUACACUGUGGAGAUGGUCAGUGUGGAGAAAGUAAUUGCAUGUGCACAGCAGUAUUCGUCCUUCUUUCAAGCCACAGACCUUCCCUAUGACAUUGAAGAUGCUGUCAUGUUCUGGAUAAACAAAGUGAAUGAACAUUUAAAAGACAUCAUGGAGCAAGAACAAAAACUAAAAGAGCAUCACAGUGUUGAAACUCCAGGAGGUCAAAAGGCUCGUUAUAGGAAGGAGCAAACUCUCCUUAAGCAGCUGCCCUGCAUUCCAUUGGUGGAAAAUCUGCUGAAGGAUGGCACAGAUGGUUGUGCUUUAGCUGCCCUGAUCCAUUUUUACUGCCCGGAUAUAGUCAGAUUGGAAGAUAUAUGUUUGAAGGAGACCAUGUCAUUGGCUGACAGUUUGUAUAAUCUGCAAUUGAUACAGGAAUUUUGUCAAGAGUAUUUGAACCGAUGUUGCCAUUUUUCACUUGAGGAUAUGCUCUAUGCUGCUUCUUCAGUAAAGAGCAAUUAUUUGGUGUUCAUGGCAGAGCUCUUUUGGUGGUUUGAAGUAGUGAAGCCAUCAUUUGUUCAGCCUCGAGUAGUCGUUCAUCCCCAAGCUGAACCUCCAAAAGAAACAUCUUCUGUUCCUGCAGCAAGUGCCAGUAGAAGGAGCUAUUCAGACGCUUCACAUAGUUCUGACCCAAUAGGCAGUGUGGCUGGACCAACAUUUAAACCAUCUCACCAGAUUCCACCUGUUAGGAAUACUUACAGUCAGCCUUAUUCAUCUGUUCCAGCAGGCAACAUUAGAAGAUCUACAUCUAUGUCUUAUGUGGAUGGAUAUGUAGGGACUUGGCCCAAAGAAAAACGAUCUUCAGUGCAUGGAGUUUCAUUUGAUAUUUCUUUUGACAAAGAAGAUAGCAUCCGUAUCACAAAUCCAAACAGAGUAAUGACUAGAUCCAUUAGUAAUGAAGGUCUUGAGAAGAAUACUGACUGCAUGCCCAGACAUAUUAGAAAAAACCUGUCCUUCAAGCCUGUGAAUGGAGAAGAUGAAAGUGAGGAUAUUGAAGAAGAAAAGGAUGGAGACUUUCACAGUAGUCCAGACAUCAAUAGUAAUCAAAGGAAUACCAACCAAGUUAGCCCAUAUAACCUCCCAAAUGGAGCACUGCAAAACAGAUUAGUAACUGAUGAAUAUGGCAAUCAGAUUGAGGCACCAAGCAUUGAACAGGCUUUGCAAAUUAUCCAUGAUACUGAGAAAUCUCCCAGUGUUACUCAGCCACAGCAAAUUACAAAUGGGUUUUUCCUUCACAACAAGGAGAUGAACAUUUUGAAUUCAAACAUCAAACCCGAUCAGAGUAGUCCCGAAAUUGCAGACACAAAGGGUGCUCUCAGUCCCAUAACUGACAAUACAGAAGCAGAUACGGGAAUCCACGUCCCUUCAGACAUUCCAGAGACUAUGGAUGAAGAUUCUACCUUGAGGGAUUAUACUGUAAGCCUUGACUCUGAUAUGGAAGAAUCAUCUCGAUUUCUGCAUGACUUUGAUAGCAAAGGUGUCAACCAAAAGGAGCAAUUAAGUCCUUGUCCAAGCUCAAUAAGUGCCAAAUCCCAAGCAGGAAGUAGUGCUUCUUCAAGCUCAGGAGUCAAAAUGACCAGCUUUGCGGAACAGAAAUUUAAGAAACUUAAUCACACAGACAGCAGAAGCAGUGGAAGCAGUUCUCAGAAAACAACCCCAGAAGGCUCUGAGCUGAACAUUCCUCACAUAGUUUCCUGGGCUCAAAUACCCGAGGAAUCUCCUCUCCCUCAGGGAAGAGACACUACACAGUUGCUGGCCUCUGAAAUGGUACAGUUGAAGAUGAAGCUGGAAGAGAAGAGGCGAGCAAUUGAAGCCCAGAAGAAGAAAGUUGAGGCUGCAUUCACGAGGCAGAGGCAAAAAAUGGGAAGAACGGCAUUCCUUAAUGUUGUAAAAAAGAAAAGUGAUGGGAUUUCUCCACUGAGAGAAGAGGCGGCUGGAGCAGAGGAUGAGAAAGUGUUUACUGACAGCAAGCUGAAGGAAAAAGAAACACUAAAGCUAGGUGAACAGCUUAACAAGGAUUCAGAGAAAAUAAAGGAGAGCAUUGAAAAACCCCAUGCCAAAUGGCUUAAGUCCCCAAGUACUCCAGUUGAUUCUGAGAAGCAAUGUAAUUUGGCAAGUCCUUCAGAAGAGAACAUCAAUGAAGGUGACCUUUUGGAGUAUACAAAAUCUAUUGAAAAGCUCAAUUCUUCCCUACAUUUCCUGCAGCAGGAAAUGCAACGGUUAUCACUUCAGCAAGAAAUGCUAAUGCAGAUGAGGGAACAGCAAGCUUGGGUUAUUUCACCGCCUCAGCCUUCUCCCCAGAAACAAAUUCGGGAGCUUAAAUCUUCUCUGAGAUCUACUGGGUCAUCUCCCAUCACCUCAUUUUCAUUGGAAUCUCCCCGACCUUCCCACCAGUCCCCACAGUCAUCUUCCAGGAAGAAUUCCACUCUCCCUAGUAAAAUACAAAGGACUCCUAGGCCAAAUGAGCUGAAAUUAACACCUUUGAAUCGCACUUUGACUGCUCCACGAUCUGUGGAUAGUCUUCCUCGUUUGAGAAGAUUUUCUCCAAGUCAGGUAUCCAUUCAGACUAGAUCAUUUGUUUGUUUUGGAGAUGACGGUGAACGUAUAUGUGAACCUCAUUUGAAGGGAAGCCUUUUGAAAGGGGUCAGAAAUACAACUGAGGAAGCUGACAAGGAAGGAGGCGGUGAGAAAGAAGUGGAACAAAAAGCGACAGAAGAAGUCGUUGAACAAAAAUCAGAGGAAAACCAGAUCAGACCUCUGGAAUCCACAGUAUCUGAAGUACUAUCACAGCCCAUUACUGAAACUGUAUGCCUCACUCCAAGUGAAGAGCUACUGAACCCACCAGUAUUGCCACCACCUCUAUCUAAAACUGCUAACCUCAUAGAAGUCCCCCUCUCAAACUUGAAACCACCAGAAAAGUCUGAAGAGUCUGUUGAGAAAUCAGAGGGCGAGAGUGACAAGGAGCAAUUGGAGGAUGACCAAAAAGUGUGUUGUGGAUUCUUUUUCAAGGAUGAUCAGAAGGCUGAAGAUGAUAUGGCAGUAAAACGGGCUGCAUUAUUGGAGAAGCGAUUGAGAAGGGCAAGAGAAACCUUACUUCGAAAGCAGCAGCUGGAAACGGAAUUGGAACAUAAAAAGGAAGAAACAAAGAGGAAGUCUGAGGAAGAACGUCAGAAGAAGGAAGAUGAAAAAGCACGACGAGAGUUCAUUAAACAAGAAUAUAUGAGGCGGAAGCAGCUAAAACUCAUGGAAGAAAUGGACAUUGUCAUAAAGCCCCGCCCCCAUUCAUCCAAACAGAAAAAGCCACGACCAAAAUCUAUUCAUAGAGAUCAUAUUGAAUCACCCAAGACUCCAAUCAAAGGUCCUCCAGUAUCUAGCCUUUCACUGGCAUCUCUGAACACAGGAGACAAUGACAGUGUGCAGUCAGGCAAGAGAACACCACGGUCUGAAUCUGUGGAAGGAUUUUUAUCUCCAACUCGCUGUGGCAGUCGUAAUGGGGAAAAGGAUUGGGAAAACGCAUCUACAACCUCUUCAGUAGCUUCUGCUACAGAAUAUACAGACAUAAUCCAGAAUGCUCUGGCUCAUUGUUGCUUGGCUGGAAAAGUAAAUGAAGGGCAAAAGAAUAAAAUAUUGGAGGAAAUGGAGAAAUCAGAUGCCAACAAUUUCCUAAUCCUCUUCCGGGACUCAGGCUGCCAGUUCCGAUCUUUGUAUACGUACUGCCCUGAAACUGAAGAAAUUAAUAAAUUAACUGGGAUCGGCCCCAAGUCCAUUAGCAAGAAAAUGAUUGAGGGGCUCUAUAAAUACAAUUCUGACAGGAAGCAGUUCAGCCACAUACCUGCUAAAACUCUUUCUGCCAGUGUUGAUGCAAUUACCAUUCACAGCCAUUUGUGGCAGAGCAAGAGACCAGUAACACCGAAAAAACUCUUACCUGCAAAGGCGUAGUGACUUGGGGGGUGGGGUGGGGAGGAUACCUUGCUGCAGACUGCUGUGGGAAACUUGCACUUCGUAUUUGCUGCCUAUUAGAAAAUAGGUUCCUUGUUUGCCAACAAGACUCCUUUGAACUCAAGUCUGAAGACCAAGC